AUGGUGCUCUGCCCAAUCUGUGAGAAGUCUGUUCCACAGCUCAAAAUCAACGAUCAUAUCGAUUCGGGCUGUCAAAGCUUCGUGGAAGAGCCGUCUUCUUCCCCGAGCGAUCAACCGUCAUCUCAGAAAGGACCAGUUCCCAGCAUCUUCCAGCCACCGUCCGCACGAAAAGCCCAGAGCCAGUUCAGCCAAACCAAAGAAUCCCCAUCACGCCCGAAUAUUACAACACCACGACCUCUCAAUGGCAAAAGAUCCUUCACCCAAGACUCCCCGCUGUCCCAAGAACACAAUGGCGUGAAACAACCGAACGAGGAAGCAGUGGAACCGCAGGCUAAGCGGACAAAGGUCAAUGCAUUCCAAAGGGCCGCCCCAUUGGCAGAGCGGAUGCGCCCGAAGACUCUAGAUGAAGUGUGUGGUCAGGAGCUCGUCGGCGAGAAUGGUGUUCUCCGAGGUCUCAUCGAACAAGACCGGGUACCAAGUAUGAUUCUAUGGGGAAGUGCUGGAACAGGCAAGACGACAAUUGCCCGCGUGGUAGCAUCGAUGGUUGGAAGCCGAUUCGUGGAAAUCAACAGUACAAGCUCCGGUGUUGCUGAGUGCAAGAAAAUAUUCGCUGAGGCCCGCAGUGAACUCGGUCUCACUGGAAGAAAGACGAUUAUCUUCUGCGAUGAAAUCCAUCGGUUCUCCAAAUCGCAACAGGAUGUGUUUCUGGGGCCCGUGGAAAGUGGCCAGGUCACGUUGAUUGGUGCAACCACGGAGAAUCCAUCAUUCAAGGUCCAGAAUGCGCUGCUUUCACGGUGCAGGACAUUUACGUUGUCCAAACUGACAGACGAGGACAUUGUCUCAAUCCUCCAGCGAGCACUUAGAGUCGAGGGUCCGAACUAUUCUCCUUCAGAAUUAGUUGAUGAUGAGUUGAUACAGUAUCUGGCUCGAUUCGCCGAUGGCGAUGCUCGAACCUCGCUCAACUUGCUCGAACUUGCCAUGGACCUGUCCAAACGACCGAACAUUACCACAGAAGAUAUAAAGCAAGCCUUGACUAAAACCCUUGUUUAUGACCGUGCUGGUGAUCAACACUAUGACACAAUAUCAGCAUUCCACAAGUCGAUUCGAGGUAGUGACCCGGAUGCAGCACUAUACUACCUUUCUCGCAUGAUCCAGUCAGGCGAAGAUCCUCUGUACAUUGCUCGAAGACUGAUAGUUGUGGCUUCUGAGGACAUUGGUCUGGCCGAUAACACCAUGUUAACUCUUGCAAUUUCCACUCACUCCGCCGUGGAGAAGAUUGGCCUGCCCGAGGCCCGCAUUAACUUGGCCCAUGCAACGGUGGCAAUGGCCCUGUCGAAGAAGAGCACAAGGGCAUACCGUGGACUGAACAACGCCUUUGCUGCAUUGAAUGAACCAGGGGUUGCAGGACUCCCUAUUCCCAUUCAUUUGCGAAACGCUCCCACGAAGCUGAUGAAAGAGCUCGGCUAUGGCAAGGAGUACAAGUACAACCCGAACUAUGUCGAUGGUGAAGUGCAGCAAGACUACCUCCCGGAGAAGAUAAUGGGACGCACAUUUCUGGAAGAACUGGACCUUGGGACGAAACGAGACCCCGAGUUGGGCCACACAAGUCACUCAAAAAUCUUUUUUUAA